UCUCAGCGCGGACGUCAGGAACAAAAGCUCCGGUGGAGUCUGGCGGAGGCACUAAGGGAGCAUGGGCUGUUUUGAAUAAUUAUUAAAAUUAGCGUGUGUCUGCGCCAUCCUGUGGGUGUGGCGCAGAGCAGAGUGUAAACUCUAGCGGGGCUGGAGCAAACAUUGGAUUAGCGGCAGCAGCCUGCCAUCCGGCCCGAGGAGUGCGGGGACCAGCGCGCUGCACGCCAACCGGCACGAUGGCCUCGUCUCAAGGGAAGAACGAGCUGAAAUUCGCCGACUGGAUGGCAACUCUACCCGAGAGCAUCCACAGCAUCCCCCUUACCAAUUUGGCCAUCCCAGGAUCUCAUGAUUCCUUCAGCUUUUACAUUGAUGAAGCCUCACCAGUUGGUCCUGAACAGCCAGAAACUGUACAGAAUUUUGUCUCUGUGUUUGGAACUGUGGCCAAAAAGCUGAUGCGAAAAUGGCUAGCCACUCAAACGAUGAACUUUACUGGUCAGCUAGGAGCUGGGAUCCGGUAUUUUGAUCUUCGAAUUUCCACCAAGCCCAGAGACCCCGACAAUGAACUCUACUUUGCUCAUGGUUUGUUCAGUGCCAAAGUCAAUGAAGGCCUUGAGGAGAUCAAUGCGUUCCUCACAGAUCACCAUAAGGAGGUGGUGUUCUUGGACUUCAACCAUUUUUAUGGGAUGCAGAAAUAUCACCAUGAAAAACUGGUCCAAAUGCUGAAAGACAUCUAUGGAAAUAAAAUGUGCCCAGCGAUUUUUGCCCAGGAAGUUAGUCUAAAGUACCUGUGGGAGAAGGACUAUCAAGUGCUGGUCUUCUACCACAGUCCAGUGGCUCUGGAAGUGCCCUUCCUCUGGCCUGGGCAGAUGAUGCCAGCACCCUGGGCCAACACCACAGACCCGGAGAAACUGAUUCAGUUUCUUCAGGCGUCCAUCACUGAGAGAAGAAAGAAGGGCUCGUUUUUUAUAUCUCAGGUGGUGCUGACCCCCAAAGCUAGCACUGUGGUCAAAGGGGUGGCCAGUGGCCUCAGAGAAACGAUCACAGAAAGAGCUCUUCCUGCCAUGAUGCAGUGGGUCCGCACGCAGAAGCCAGGAGAGAGUGGCAUUAAUAUUGUCACUGCUGAUUUUGUAGAACUUGGUGAUUUCAUCAGCACUGUCAUAAAGCUCAACUAUGUCUUUGAUGAAGGAGAAGCUAACACUUGAUAGCACCGUGUUGAGCAUCCAUGAGUAAGAUGGGGAAGACUCAAUGUAUUAGGCAUAUUAUCUAUCAACAUUCUGAUUUUCCUAUUCCACUGAGUCUCUGCAGGGAUUAGGGCUGGUAGUGGGUGGGAAAAGGGGGAAUCCAUUUCUUGAGUGAUUACUAUCAUAGUCGGCAUUAGUAUAAAUAUUUCAUUUCCCUUUGAUGAGUAAAAUCUACUUCUAGUGUUAGACAUUUAAAAAAAGACCAGAGAAUUUUGUUUUUCAAAAUUAGUUCUUGUAACGUAUAACUCAUGAGUGUUUAUUUGAUUGUGUUUCUGAUUUCAACUUAGGGCUCCUACAUUCUCUAUAUCCUCUAACUGAAACUUUCUGUUCCCUCUCUUGCUUGCUCUUUUUAAUCUGAUACUGUAUGGGACUCAAAACAAUUGAAUGCCCAACAGAAUGUUUAUUACAUUGUUGUACUGAAAUUCAUUUGUUGUGUGAGACUUAGUAUAAUAGUCUAUAGUCAUCUGCUACUGGGCAGUCAUCGCUAAAUUUUGUCAUAGAAAAUAUGCAUCAAAUCAGUUUUCCUGUAUCAGUAAUAUUGGAGGACAUAGUCAGUGAUUUUGUGUUAUAAUAGUGUUUCACAGUAUUUCUAUUUAAGGCAGCUAUAAAUAUAGAGUAAAUACUUCUUUGGAAGAACUAUUAGUGCCAACUCCAUAGUGAAAAAUGGGGGACGGGGAAGAGAUGGUUGCUAUUUUAAUUCAGGAAUCUCUUAAAUCAUAUUGCCCUGCAAAUGCCCAGUAAAUAAAAAAUUAUAAAUGGUAAGUGUGUUAAAAUCAGAGAACUCUGAAAAGAGCACUUACAAAAACUCUCCUAACAAUUCUCUUGAUCAAAAACCAAAAAGAAGAAAAGAGAGAAUGAAAGAUUGUGCAAGCUUUCCUCUCAAAUUAGGAUUUCCAAAUAUGUAAUUCUAAAUCCCAGAUUUUGAGGAACAGACACAUUUUUCAAGAAGUUUUAAUUCAUGUGUUUUAU